AAACACGCGGCUCAUAUGAGCGCCCUCAAGCCUGCACACGCAUCACCAUGCCACAUGCUCCCGACACAGACCCAUUUUCAUCCGGUUCCAGGCUCCUGGUAUGUCCUUCUUCCACAUCAACGUUGAAGCCAUGCGGACAUGAAAAUGAAAGGUGUGCAGGUGUGAUGCGGAUGUAAAAAAUCUGCAGCCGCACUUCAGCCAUGACCUCCAAGACGCCCCUGUUCAAGGUCGUUCUCUUGGGCGACGGCGGCGUGGGAAAAUCGUCCCUCAUGAACCGCUUCGUCACCGACAAGUUCGACUCCCACCUCUUCCACACCAUCGGCGUGGAGUUCCUCAACAAGGAGCUGGACGUGGACGGCCAGAGUGUCAGGCUGCAGAUCUGGGACACGGCGGGACAGGAGCGCUUCCGCAGCCUGCGCACGCCGUUCUACCGCGGCUCCGACUGCUGCAUGCUCACCUUCAGCGUGGACGACGCGCAGAGUUUCUGCAACGUGGUCAACUGGAAGAAAGAGUUCACCUUCUACGCCGACCUCCAGGAGCCCGACAAGUUCCCCUUCGUGGUGCUGGGCAACAAGGUGGACACGACCGGGCGACAGGUGUCAGGGGAGGACGCGCGGCGGUGGUGCCGCGACAACGGCGGGCUUCUCUACUUCGAGACAAGCGCCAAGGAUGCUACCAACGUGGCGUCGGCCUUUGAAGAGGCAGUUCGUCUGGUUCUCAGGCAGGAUGAGCGACCUGACCACCUCAUCCACACCAACACGGUGGACCUGAAGAAGAGGAGUUACUCCGAUUCCAGCUGCUGCUGAACUGCACUUUUGUCCACCGAAAGUUACAUAAAUCCAUUCACAAUCAUAAUGUUGCAACGGGUUGGAGCAGGGGUGUCAAACUCAUUUUAGAUGGGGGGCCACAUGGAGAAAAAUCCUACUCCCAAGUGGGCCGGACUGCUAAAAUCACGGCACGAUAACUUAAAAAUAAAGACAACUUCAGAUGGUUUUCUUUGUUUAAAAUUAGAACAAGCACAUUCUGAAAAUGUACAAAUCAUAAUGGUCCGUGUACCUUCCGUUCAUUCUAUUUCCAAUUCCGAAUUGCUAAAUUAGGUCCGUUUUUCGAUUUUUACUAUACAAUGGCAGAUUUUAAAACAAACAAAAAGGACUUGAUUUUCAUUAAAAUGUUGCCAUAAAA